AUGACAAACUUAACCAACCACCCCGAAACUAAUGAUACAAACACCCUCUCAACUCAGCAACAUGCCCUGGGGAUCCCAAGGCCUCCCUCGGUUGGAGGGAUAUCCUCUCGGGUAACAGAUGUUGCAUCUGAUAAUGGGGAGGGCUCAUUGGUAUUCACACCACCUGUGCCGCCCCCUCAACAGCAGCGCCCUUCUGCCUCUCGACGGGCGCACCGAGGGGGACGGCCGGUAACCAAGGGGACGGCAUCGUCUACCGAGGAAUGGGGUGAUCAAACGAGCCAGAACCGGAGAAGCUUGAUCUCUAACAGUACUAUGCCGCAAGGAUCUCUUCCUCAAGUUGAUAUGGAGGCCCCGCCAUCGCGUGGAACAGAGUUCACGGACCCCAUUAUUCCCGACCGGAAUACAUCCAAUGCCAGCCCCACUGGGAACACGACAGUUCGAAGUCUGGGAGAAAGUGUACGGCUUCUUCAUGACCGAGAUCCUGGAGGAAAGGAGCGUCCUGAAUACUUGAAUCUCAAUGCGGUCGCCCACAACAACCAUGACCCUCAAGGCCACGAACGGCUUUCGUCCGUAGGCUCUUCUCCUGGCCCCGCAGAUAUCAAAAAGCAAGCCUUCCCAAGCACUCAUAGCGGCAGAAACCACGAAUACUUCGUUGGCAAUACCAUUUUCUGUGGUAGUGGUCGGCUUCAGAAUGCCAGAGACAAACCUGUUAACAUUCUCACUGGCAUAAUGGUACUUGUGCCAUCUGCAUUGUUCUUUGGAUUCUCAGCUCCUUGGCUUUGGCACAACGUUUCCCCCGCCAUCCCUAUCUUGUUUGCAUAUGUAUUUUAUGUUUGUUUUUCGUCUUUUGUGCAUGCGUCGGUUGUUGAUCCUGGCAUCAUGCCUCGAAACAUGCAUCCUCUGCCUCCAGUGAGUACUUCGGACGAUCCGUUGACUCUUGGGCCGCCCACAAAUGACUGGGUCAUGGUGAAGCUUGCCACGUCUGAAUCAGCAGCUAUGGACGUCCCUGUGAAAUAUUGCAAGACCUGUAGCAUUUGGCGUCCCCCUCGCUGCUAUCAUUGCCGCGUCUGUGAUAAUUGCGUCGAGACCCUAGAUCAUCAUUGCGUCUGGCUGAACAACUGUGUUGGACGUCGGAAUUAUCGCUAUUUCUUCGCCUUUGUGAGCUGGGGUACACUUCUGGGACUCUUCCUCCUCGGUGCCAGUCUAGCCCAUAUUUUGCUCUACAUGUCACGCGAGCGGAUUUCCUUUGGAGAUUCAAUUUCAAAAUGGCGUGUUCCAUUUGCUAUGUUUAUCUAUGGCGCUGUUGCAACCCCAUACCCUUUGGCACUCUGGAUUUAUCAUUUGUUCCUAGUUGGCCGGGGCGAGACUACUCGAGAGUAUCUCAACUCCCACAAGUUUGCCAAAGCUGAUCGUCAUCGGCCAUUUACCCAGGGCAAUGUUCUGAAAAACUGGAUCUCUGUUCUGGGCCGACCUCGCCCACCCACCUAUAUGCAAUUCAAGCAGCCUUACGAAGAAGGCGAUCAGCGCUAUGCUAUGCAAAAACGCAAAUACCUGACCCACCGUGAUGUCGAGUCUCAGGCAGGGAUUGAGAUGCAACAAGUUGGUUCUCAUAAUUAG